AUGCCUGCAAAGAUUGUUAAAAUAUGCGGAAUACGAAAACUUGAUGAUGCCAUUGCUGCAAUAGAUGCUGGUGCAGAUAUGCUAGGUGUGAUUAUGGUACCAGGCAGAAAGAGAACUGUUGAUCAUGCAGAAGCGAAGUUGAUUGCCAAAGCUGCACUAACCUCCAGAUUUGAUAAGAGCAGACGAUUUGUUAGUGCGAAGGAGUUAAAUGAAUACAUCGCAAGCCAGUCAUUUGCGUCUUUCGAAGACUACCUACUUGCAUACCGUGAUCUCAUACUAAAAAACGGACCUUUUCUUACUGGGGUAUUCAGAAAUCAAAAUCCUAAAACGGUCUUUGAGCUUGCAGAAGAACUUAAUCUUGACUUCAUUCAACUACAUGGUAGUGAAGAUCCUGCUGAAUAUAUGGCAUUGAAUUCAGAAAGAAAGUUUGGUAUAGUCAAGAGAUUUGUUAUCCCCACACAGACAGCCUCCAUGACUGAUUUCUUGAAAACCUUGUCUGACAGUAAGGAUAUGGGUUUUGCAUUGCCUUUACUAGACUCAGAGCUAGGUGGAGAGGGUAAACCUAUUGACUGGUCGCUUAUUAACGACUUGCAGGGAUCAUACAUCUUGGCUGGUGGUCUCACUCCAGAUAAUCUCAUAAGCACUAAAAAAUACUCGGAUAAAAUCGUUGGAUACGAUGUGAGUGGCGGUGUUGAGGACGAGAAUGGCGAAAAGGUUCAUGAUAAAAUACGUCUGUUCGUUACAGAGGGCAAAAAAAUAGGUAUACAGAGCCAAUAG